AUGUAUUAUCGGGGGCGGAGCUACCGGCGUUCAGGAGCAGACGCCAUUUCACUCAGCUCCUCGCCUGGAAAAUCUCUUAUAACUGGCGCACCGCCACACACCCAGAGCCGAAAUAGCGACCCUUAUACUAGGGUCUGCAUACCGGACCGGUGGAUGCCUUUUUUGUGCCCGUCGGGUACGAAAAUCCGGCGCAGGGGGCCUUGGGCCUACCGGGUGGGAUUCCCGCGGCAGCCGCGCAUCGCCCCCUGGGACGAAGACUAUUGGGACACAGACCCACAAGCAGCCGGCAUACCCUGGGGCACACCAGAUUCACUGAUGGGCCGCAAAUCCCAAAAACCGGCUCCGGCCGCUGCCGCCUUAAACCACGACAUCGGCCAGAUGCUGGCCUCGACGCCCCGCACGCGGGAGCCAUCAUCCCCUCGGAGGGAGACUACAACUGAGCCAGUGGCGGACAAGGCACCCGAGAAGGGAGCUCAGGCUAUGUCUGAAAGUGAACAUGUGACUAAAAGGAACAUACACGAUCUCCUGGCACAUUUCCAGGACAUGUUCUUUGCAGAACUCAACCUGAUUAAAGCAGAAAUGCAAGCAAUAACAGAACGAAUUUGAGUAUCCGAGGAGGACUCUGCUGACAUCAAACAAAAUAUGGCCACCCAAGGGGAAGCUAUAAAGCAGCUACAAACCUCCCACUCACAAAUAGCAGCCAGAAUGGAUGCCAUGGAAGAUAAAAGCAGACAAAACAACAUCAAGAUAAGAGGAGUGGAGGACACUGUACCAGCAGAAGAACUACCUCACCACAUCAGACGACUCAUUGCAGCCAUCCUCCCAUCUAAGCAUGCUAAACAAUUCGCCUAUGACGGACUAUACCGUACCGCACCACCCUUGCGAACACCAAACUCCCAGCCUAGGGAUGUUAUCCUCUGUUGCCGAUCCUUUGCGGAUAAACAAAGAUUACUGCAGGCUCUGCGGGGGAAAACCCCGUUCCAAUUCGAGACUCACUCACUCACAUUCUAUCAAGAUCUCAGUAAAGCCACACUCCUGUGGUGGAAAUCAAUGCGCACCAUCACGCAGCCCCUGCAAUCCGCUGGCAUUCCCUAUAGAUGGACCAACUCUAGAGCACUGCUGUGCACCAAAGAGGGAAAAACUCUCAAAAUUACCAACCCCACGAGGGCCCGCAAUUCUUACAAGCCCUAGGCCUGCCUACGCCAGACCCGAUGACACUACCCCAAAGAACCUGGGAUGUUGACAACAUACCUCCUUUCAUUCACGGAGGGGAACGGGACACUCUCACCUAAAUGAGACCUGGACUGUAUAAGGUUUAUGUCUAUGCAUUGAGAAUUGCCCCAAUAGGCAAAACAGUUUAAAGUUUUCUUGUUUUUAUAUUUUUGCAUUUUUAAACUCUAUUUGUCUGCAACAUGUAACGCCCACUUCCACAUAGCUAUUUCCACUUGCUCCUGACGCUACUAUACACACGACCUCAGAGGCCCACGACCUCAGAGGCCCACCCACUACACACACUUACCCCUAUGGGACCGUCUGACACCGAGCCGCGCUCACCCUCCCCCGCCCAAACCGCCCUGAGACUUGAGGGAACUAAGACGCCCACAUCACACCUGGGCCAGAACCCCAUAAGCUACUCUACCAAGUAGACCACCAAAACUUUAGAAGGAACGUGACUAAGAUGCCACAAUCCAAACCCUCUAAUCCCAUUAGACUCAGCUACAUGUGUCAAUUGGAAAACGACAUAGGUACCUCACGACGGGACAGCUCAUCCUACAAGGGUUGGUCUAUAACUAUAUUGGGCACUACGCUUCAUGUUCCCUACAUGCCUCUGUUUAUAGCUUACAGACAUAAACUUAGAAUCCAUGUACACACUGCUGGACCGCUACUUUUCCUAAAUAUAAAAAUGUGCUGUCCAAUCUGCCACGUUAUAAUUCACUACGGACGUAUUGACAUUGCACUCGUUGUUGUGGCGUCACAAUAACCGGUCACUCUAUGCACAAGUAAAAUGCAGACUUGGGAAAAAAGGAAGCCCCCAAUAGGCUCCUAUUGAGCCACAUCGUUUUAAUGUGGUCAAGCUGUUUUGUUUCCCGUAGGGGUGCCUUACUUAUCUUUGACACAUAACUUGACCUCACAGAGACAUAUACAACUUGCAUUUCAUAAUAGUCCUACUAGCAUAUUCUCUUAGCCUGCAAUAUAGUAACCUGGUAUCCCAGAUUCAGACAUGCUUAUCUAAGCUAGUGGGCCAUAUAUGUUAUGAAGCCGAUUCACCUAAGCUUGCACACCACUUAUUUUCUUAACUUCUCAUGCAAUGUUGAAGGCAUGUUACUAACUAUCUCGACGUGUUCAUAAGAGCACAUCCCUUUACCUAAGCAGUUAAAACGCCUACAACUUAGACUCACCAGCUUGUCAUAAAACUCGACUGUCAUAUACCUUGUCUGUCAUUGUUUGUAUGUCACUUUCAAUUUUACUUCAAAAUUGUGCAUAGAACUUAUUAUGCCAUGUUACCACUUGUUGAUAUACGGUCUUGCAUUGCUAUUGUGGCGUGACAGACCCGACUUUAUUCAUGCACGAAUAAAAAUAAAGAAUUAAAAAAAAAAAAUGUAUUAUCACACCCAGAAAUGUGGGGGGAUCCACUCACAGAAAGGGGGGUGUCAGUCUGGCAUCAACAAAUGUCCGGCUGAGUUACAGCCUCCGAGCUCGCAUCACACACACAAACAGGGUAAAAUGUCCAUGUCAUGUUGCUGUAGGCAUAGUAUUAUAAGGUGCCCCCUGCUUCCCCUAAAAUAAAUUAAACAGCAGUUAACCUGACUUUCUUGAAUUUAUUAUCUGGACAUUGCAGAUAUACACUGAUCAGCUACAACAUUAAAAUCGUGUAGGUCCCUCCCGUGCUGCCAAAAAAGCUCUGGUGCGUCGAGGCAUGGAAUCCACAAGACCUCUGAACAUGCCCUGUGGUAUCUGGCACCAAGACAUUAGCAGCAGAUCAUUUAAGUCCUACAAAUUGCAAGGAUGGACCAUGGUCCAUGGAUUUGUUGUUCCAGCACAUCCACAGAUGCUCGAUCCAAUUGAGAUCUGGGGAAUUUGGAGGCAACACUUUGAACUCUUUGUCAUGUUCCUCAAACCAUUCCUGAACAUUUUUUACAGUGUGGCAGGCUGCAUUAUCCUUAUUAAAGAUGCUACUGCCACAGAGAACACCAUUAAUAUGAAAGGGUGUAUGUGGUCUGCAACAAUCUUUAUUUAGGGGGUUACAUGUCAAAGUAACAUCCACAUGAAUGCUAGGACCCAAGGUUUCCCAGCAGAACAUAACACUGCCUCCACCGGCCUGUCUUCUUCCCACAGUUCAUCCUGCUACCAUCUCUUCCCUAGGUAAAAACAAAAAACACACAGGCAUCUAGCCAUCCUAAAAGAAAAUAUGAUUCAUCAGACCAGGAAACCUUCUCCGAUUGAUCUAUGGUCUAGUUCUGAUGGUCAGGUCCCCAUUGAAGGUGCUUUCGGCGGUGAACAGGGGUCAUUGUGAGCAUUCUGACCGGUCUGUCUCUACGCAACCCCAUGGGCAGGAAACUGGCGACUGUGUCGUCUGAUCCCUUUCUAUCAUUGUCAGCAAUUUGAGCUACAGUAGCAUUUCUGUGUGAUCGGACCAGAUGGGCAAGCCUUUGCUCCCCUAGGGCAUCAAUGAGCCCGUGAUCCGGAAGCCGAUUCACCAAUUGUCUCUCCUUGCGCUAUUUUUGUAGGUAUCAACACUGCAUACCGGGACCACCACACAAGACUUGCCGUUUUGAAGAUGCUCGGACAUAGUCAUCACUGUAUUUUACACUCUCUAUUACAGUUUCUGCACAGGAGGCGGAUUGGACUACAAAGACAACUAGUCAAGGCUCCUGGUACUUAUCUCCCCUCACCAGCCUACCUAAGCUCCAAAAAGGCAUAUUAUAAUUGCUGUAAAUAGCCAUCCCCUAGUGUACAAGUGCAUGUAGGCAGGUGUCCCUACUUAAACUCUCUCAGCAAGGCCUUAGUGACUUCAGCACAGCAUUAUUAGAUGCGUUGUGCUGGCUGAGAAAGAUCCCUUGUAUCCAUGGAUACAGAACACCAGGAAACCAACUCUGAAUUGGGAGGAAAGGACCCUGAAAUAGGGACAGUUGGAAGGCUUGCUACUGGUGAAGCACCAGUCAGUUCAAUUUAUCCUAAGUUAGCAGAUGCCUUUAACUUCCUCCUGGUAGUGUUCAGGGCAUAAACAUCUCUUUCUCGGCUGACUGGAGUUCUGCAGCGUGUCAAUAUCUAGCUGUGUCAGCUUUAUUAAACUUUUGUUUCCUGUUUUUAAUUUGUUUGUGUCCUGCUAAUAUCCUGUAUAUAGGCUUGUGUAUGAUUGUCCUUUUUCCCUGUGCUUCAAAACUCUGCACAGAUCAGUAACCUCAAGCAAGGUUCAUAAAAUCACCCCAGGUCUAUGCUAUACAAGAACAAAGCUCCACAAAAAUGUGUUUAACAACUUAUGUUUAAAGGAACACUAUAGUGUUAGAAACACAAAACUGGAUACCUAAAUCAAUAGGUCACUCUAACUACACAGCCCUCUCAACCUUGUUGAAAUGGUUAAUUCCACAAGAUCAUGCCAAUGGUUGACCUAAUGCAUUGCACAUCCACAGUGAGUGACACGUGCAUUAGAACUCCCCCAAAGAAUGUUAUCAAUGCUUUUUCAUUUAUUAAAUAUAUUCAGAGUCUGAUUUAUUUGGGAAGCAUGUGCAGAAUGCAAGCCAAGAAACAGAAAUGGAAUUCGGAGGUUAAACGCAAGAACAUUCGGUGGAAUACAAUCUUCUGUAAUCGGCGCAAACACAGAACCAGAACUCCAAACAAAAACAAGGCUUAAGACGCACUCAUUGGAAAAUAUGGCUUUAUAUAGACAUGGCAGCCAGUGGAUUGGCUAAUUGCCAUCGUGACUGGAUGUUGAAAGUAUAUGCCCCUGAGGAGGAUGCAUUUAGGGCUGUGGUUAAUUUUUAAACUGAUUUAAUUGUAUUUAUUUGGCUGAUUUUUUUUAUAUGUGUUUUUUUACCAUUCUAAUACUUGGAGUAUCUGGGAAUACUCAUAGAAUGUGGAGAUCCUUGGCCAAGUUUAAUUUGGUGACAUGCUCAUACUCUUUAUUCUGUAAGUGUAAUAUAUAUAUAUUAAAUGUGUUUUAUUUUGAAGAUUUGCUCUGUAUGUCUGCUUUCCUUACUUCCCUACAUCUCCAAUUAAUCUGGAAGAUGAGGAAGACGGAGGGUGUACCCAGUACAGUACAGUCUGUGAGUGCAACAUUCCACUUUUUGUAUAGGUUUAUUUAUACAAUUACAAUUUAUGUAUUUUGUGUUUAUUUAUCUGUGCAUUUUAAACAACCUAAUAGUGUUGUCCAUCGCAUAACAAUGGGUGAUGAAGUCUACAUUGUUGUCUUGGACAAAAGUUGAAAGGUAAGGUCGAAUAACAAGGAUUUUAGCAGAAAUUUAAGAUCUCAAUUUAAGAGAGAAAUCAGGUGCUACAUGCUCCCAGGGCCACCCAAUAGUUGUUUAUGAAUGGGGACCUGUUAGUUCGGCAACCUGGGAUGCAGUGGGAGCAGGUCAUUUCCUCCCAACUACAUAUAGAGCGCCACACAGAGAGAGGUUGAGGAGGCUCGAGGGAGAAAGUGGGGGAGCAGAGACUGCUCCAGACCCAAACUCCUAUCAGCCUCAGAAAAAUAGCAGGACCCCAAGGAAGCCACUCUCCUGCAUAGGGCCGAUCCUGGGUGGGUGCAAAGAUGCAGAUCGGCAAAGUGUGCUGUGCAAGGCCACACACCCUCAUGUUAGGUCCCCUCGUGUUACAUUCCAUCCUCAUUCAUUAGGCUCCGACCCUCGCGAACAGAUCCACAGCUGACAUAGUAUCAUAACUUUUCUACCCUACCCUUACCUUUUGUGUCACUAUACCCCACUUCCUCUAGCAUGUAAACUCAUUGACCUGGGGCUUCAAUCCCUCUGUUCCUGUGUGUCCAACUUGUCUGGUUACAAAUACGUGUCUGUUAGUCACCCAUUGUACAUCGCUACGGAACUUGUUGGCGCUUUAAUAAUAAUAAUAAUAAUAAUAAUAACAGUUGUAUGACAGAUGGGGCUUGCUUUCUGACCUCUUCUACAGGGGGUCCCAAAAGGUUUCUUGCCCAAGGGCCUUCUCUACAGUUCCUCCACUGGUCAGUCAGUGGUGUGUAUGCAACCGUAUUCAUCUAUCCAGUGGGCACGGACAGUUUGUAUUGUUGGGAGGGGAAGCACGUAAAGUCUGUGAUUGGACAGCCACAGAAAAUCUGGACGGAUUUUAGUAGGGGAGGACUUGCAAAAUCUUCAGACAAGAUAUCGGCAGUUUUUGCAAGUUGUUUUUAGAUAUAAUACCAAUUUUAAAAACAAAAAGCAUAACUAAAUGCAUGCAUGUUUUCAUUUGGGGUAUAUGUACGAAAACAUUAUUUUGUGUAUUUGGACAGUGGAGUGUCCCUUUAAUUUGUUUUUUUCUUGAACUCAACAUGUCUAAUUUUGUUAUAUUGCAUAACAUAUUUUGCCCUUAACAGCACAGAAAAGAGCACAGAAAAGCAUUAGUUUGAACCUUUGUGUAUCUGGCAAAUAGCCAAUAGUAUUGCACAUUUCUCAUAUUCAUGGCUUGUAAAUCUAGGCAAAGAAUAUCUAGCAAAAGGUAAAUUACAAAAUGACACAGAGGGCAGUACUGAAACAUUGCUGGCCAACACAUACAUGUAAGUAAAAUAUUAACAAUUAGCAAACAAUGCAACCGUUUUUUUGUUCGUGGUAACAUCACUUUAAGUACCAUGACUCUAAGCAAUGAAUUCAUUCAUUUCCACACCAUACUUCACAUGACAUCCCCUUUUCCUCUACUUGUCUCUACACAGACAUUUCCUGCCAGCCUGGGGGAGGUUCUAUACAGAGGAUAUGAGAAAUAAUGUUUUGCAGUUAAACAUAAUUCACAAAUGCAACUUGGUUCGUACGGUAUCCUGCAGAUAAGAAUUUCUGGCUGGCUCUGAAAACGUCUGAAAAUUCCAGGUAACGAAGACUAUUCAUCUGUUAAUUUUCUGAAUUUGUACAGAAAAGAUUUGUAAUGUCUGUAAUGAGACAGUCAUAGAAAUGUUGGGCUAAGGGAAGAAGGGCUGCAUACAAGAGAACUGCAGCUUUUGCAAGCUGUUUAAAAUAUACCCCCAAUGAAAAAAAAAUGCAUGAUUAACUGCAUGCAUGUUUUCAUUUGGAAUAUAUGUUCUAAAUCAGGCUUCCCCAAACUCCGGCCCUCCAGAUGUUGCUGGACAACAACUCCCAUGAUUUUCAGAAUGAAUUUCAUUAAUAGAAUCAUAGGAGUUGUAGUUCAGCAGCAGCUGGAGGGUCGGAGUUUGGGGAAGUCUAUUCUAAAUGGAGAUUUAUUUUUUGUAUCAUUUUUUUAUUUUAGCAGUGGAGUGUCCCUUUAAAUUUAAAAUUCACUUUGAACUUAUCUUGAAUUCCCUGUUUAGUAAAGAACUCCUUUAAAUCCUGUGAAUUGAAUACUGUAAAAUGUAGGCUGAAACAGUCCAGCUGUCGCUAUAGUGUAGUUGGAAACAUUUUCUAAGGCAACAAUUUUUGCCUAAAUUUUGCAGUUAUAAUUCGGUAUUUGGAAAAUAAACCCCAUGCUUUCAGCACAGAGUGUAAAUGCAUUUAAUAGAGAACACGAAACACAAUUGUUUUAACAGGAAAAGCACCUGUGGUCUGGUGUAAUUUAAAAGAUUAAAAACGCUUUUAGUACGUAUGUUUAUUUUAUGAACAUCGCUUCAUAUUUAUAUGCCUUAGAAAAACACUCUUGUCUUUCGAGUUGACUGCAGAUAAGGAAUUUUGAGUGCUAGAUGCCCAAUUGAAUUUACUGUACUUUAAUUAACUUUUAUAAACUUUGUAUGAAUCUACCUACCUACCUGUAUAGUGAAUUCUAUCCAAAGUUGUAUAGAAAAUGCGAAUUACUAACAUUUAGAGGUAAAGCAGAUUGAAUUGUUAUUAAUAGCAUUUUAAAAGGACAACAUAAUCUGCAGCAGUUCACAAUUAUAGAAAUGGGAUAUUUGAGAGGUGAAGAAGGACCUGUUCAUGUAUGCCCAAAAGUUAAAAAAAACAAAAACAUAUCAAGUAUUUAAAGUGGUGUGUGUGUGUGUUUCAUAAAAACCUGAAAGUCAAACAGAAAACCCAAACAGUGUACAUUACUAUACAAAGACGGUUUAAAGAUUUAGUUAUUAGUUUCGAGAACACACGUGAUUAAGCAACAAAGAUUUAUUUUUUAUUUAUUUUUUUGAAUUCUUUAUUUUUGGAGCAAGAACCAUAACAAGUACCUUGAGUUGCCACAACGGCCACAUCAAGGUGUUCAAACUUUCUACUCAGUACAUAUGUAUGUUUAAAUUACAGUUUGCUUCUUUUUUACAUUUUGGUCGGUCUGAGAGAUUUUAACGGGAAGUGGUGUAUUCGUAUGGGGAGUGGGAACCACUCUGAGGUCACCUACAACGCUGUCUGGGCCUGGUGAUGGUAAGGCUAAAUGGGCAGAGGGUCCAAUGGAGUUGGUUUAAGGUGUAUGACUGGCUCUACUUCUGUGGUAUCCUAUGGUUGGUACCCCCUGGUUCUAGUGUAAUUGGCCAUCUUUGGCUAGGUAGUAGCCGUGUAGAGUUGUGUUGCCUGAUGUCUAUUACUGAGGAGGCUGUGUGUGCCGGGUAUAGUUGUGUUACUAGUAUUUGGUUGUAGUGUAGCACGGCUAUUGUGUUCAGGCUAAGGUCAAAGGAGCUUGCAUGUUUGUGUGUGGCCUGUGUAUGUGGUCUGCUGUGUCGCUUAUAAGCUCCACUGAAUUAGAGCACCUGCCUUGCAAAGACUUCCUCUGAUGAAGUGAUCCUAUGAUCACGAAACGCGUUAGGCGGCAUUCUACACUGAUCUCCAGGAGAAAGCAGAUUGGAACGCAUCUAGAGCCACAGUGGAACGCACGCGACUGACAGCCAGUUUUCACACCGCACGAGGAGGUCCAGACUAAUUUUCAUCCGGCCGGUGAGAGAGAGAUAUUAACAACAUUGGACCCUCAGACUAUUAACUUGGUAUUAUCUGCUUUUUUCACUUGGAACAUUUAUUUGUCUUUUAUACAAAUGUGUAUGAUUUUGACAGUGUAUUUGUGCUAAUAAAAUCUUUUAUAGUAAGCACUCUGUCUGCUACACUAUAUAACUGACACAGCUUUUGGAUUUUAACCAUAAGUGGGACAAUUUAUUUUCCCAAUUAUUAUAUUUAUCUUAAUGUGUACUGGUUCAUGUGUAUUACAGAACCCCUACUAGACCAAUAUUUCAGCCAUUUUGAUUUUUCCUACCCUUCUAUAUGGGAGGAAAUGGUAUAAGUAGCUGAUAAAUUUUUAUGUUACUUUGUGAAUACAUCCUGAAGCUACAAUUGAAGCUCCAUCGCCAGUCCUGUAAUCACUAUUGUUAACUCAAUAGGCACCAAGCUCCAUUGAAUGCCUUGCCCCUGUACCCUGGGGCCAUAGGAGGGAAGAGGAUGGAGAGAUUUUGCACCGGAUCACAGAGUUGUGUUCUCAGGGAGCUUCAUCCAUGUCUUAAUGACCAGAUGUGGAGGCUUAGUGACCAAGUGUGAACAGGCCCGCUUAUGAUGGGCCGAGCUAGUGACAUUUGAACAAACAUUUAAAUUAAAAUCAAACCAUAUGGGUAACUUAGUGAGUCCCAACUGAGAAGCCAAACAUAAUGUCGGAUGUCUUGUAGUUAGGUUGUGGAAGCUCGUUUCCGUCUGGAUGCGGAGACGUUCAUGCUUCCCUGGUUCGCUGGUGUAGGCCGGGUAGUAGCGGCAGUAGGUUGAUCAGGCAAUCCUAGUGCAGACAACAGGCUGGGCCCUCUUUGGGGUCCUGAGGCCUUAUAGCUUUGUCCCUCCUUGGAGACCCAGAGGGUCUUAGGUGUCGCCCACCGGUAUGUGAUCCCUGCUUCUUGCAGUUGUACUGUAAAGGGCCUCAUCAUUUUGCACCAUGGAAGUGUGUCCCCACUUAAGUCCUGGAAGAGGGAUAGUUGGUAGGUCUUGAAUUCGUAGAGGGGUUUCCCUUGGAAUGCAGCUAGUAGCCCCAACUUGUCUGUCAUUGUGCAGCAGAUUUUGCGAUCCUGUACACUCCGUUGAUCAAUAACAGUUUGGCCUGCUUGUACUGAACCCAUCAGGCGUCUGAUGAAAUGGGGUAGUUCCUCCAGGGACAGUGAUUCUGGGCCCCUGUAAUCUUUAGUUUUUUUUCUUAUCCCCCUAUCACCCCUCUCUAGGAUGUCUUGUGGCAGUCUACCCGCGUGGUAUGCCUUAGAGCCCUGGGUUCAGGUUUUUGCGCCCGGGAUGGCAAAAAAGGGCAUCAGCGGGUGCGGUUGGUAGUGCUGCAGUUGUCCGAGUCUUUUGUGUCCGUUGAUUGGGCAGGAUGCCUUUGAUUUUCGGCGGAUUGUGCGGUAUUCAGUCGGAGCUCGGCACAAUGGCGUCCGCUCUGGAUUUUUACAUGGCUUUCGCCUCAGUAGUGAUGAUCUUAAUCAUCUCAAAGCUCAUGUCCUCUCAAAUUUAUAGACAAUGGUGCAAUGCUCAGAAAUGUCAUGCUUUUAUUGAAAAAAAAAAUGACUGGAUUUAUUCUAUAUAUUGUAAUGUGUGUAUAAUGAUUUGAUCAAAGAACAAUUAUUGUGAACAUCCAUUGGCAAAAUAUGGUAGUUUUGUGUUUAAUAUGUAGCCUCUUGCUACUCCCCCCUUGCUACUCUUUAUCUGUUACAUUGCAUAUUGAAUGCCAACUAGACUUCUAGAACCAUGGUGAUACCAAUUUACUGAGACUGGAUGCACAGAUCAUAAAAGGAUGCUUUAGGAGUAGGAAUCUCAAGGUAACCAGAAAUUUAUGUCAAGGUCCAAGUCCCACCAGAGUGACAGCUGAGGAGAUCAUGCCUCCUAAAACUGGAUUAAACAAAAUACUUAAAAGUAUAACAGCCCAAAGUUGCUCUUGGAACCCAGAGGUUUGAACGAGUACAAACAAAUAUGGCAGGAGCCAAAUCUGCAUGCAAUAGAGUCCAGGCAAUUAGGAACAAGAUAUCAAGACAAUAUACAUACUGUGGACAGGUAUGCAAAAGCAGCUAGAUAGGUGACAACUGGGUUAAAAUACUCAGUAACUGUGGCUGGCUCUUACUUGCAAAUGUAUCUACAAGAAACACAUAAAAAAAAAAAAACAGGAACACAGAUCAAUUAACUAAAGGGCCCCUGGGGCCAGACACCCUUCAGUUCGAGACACUCUCCAGUUUAGAAGUUAACAAAGGGUUCAUUAAAUGUACAUCAAAUGUACAUUCGGCAACUGAGCCAUGGAGGAGGAAUACUGGGUUCAAUUCCCACCAGAGUUUCAAUAUCCUGGGUUCAAUUGACCAGAAAAGACCAGGGUGUCAACUUACUCUUAAACUUUGACACUUACUGAAUGUGACAAAAUAUGACUCCCAAUAUGCAAAUAUUCAAAAUCCUGGCUGAAAUAUUGCAAGGAAUGACAUAACACAAUAUCUACAGCUUUUUAUGUCCUGGUAUUUUUGUGAAAUACAUUUAUAAAUGUGAAGAUUUACAGUAUUUCCUUUUCACUUUUUGAAUGUUUUAUAUGAAUAUGUUCAUCAAUAGAAAAAUGCAUUAACAUUUAAAAGUCAUGAUUUUUAGGAAUACCACAUAGUAAUUUUUUUAUUUUAAGCCUUUAUAAAUAACAUAUUGCAAAGACCAUAUGUUUCAUUAUUAAAUGUUUACUGUUAAUUUAACAGUUGUCGAAAGCAACACACAAACACAUACUGUAGCUCACAAAAGUGAUAUUUUAUAUCUUUUCAUUUGACAACACUGAAGAAAUGACACUCUGCUACAAUGUAAAGUAGUAAGUAUACAGCCUGUAUAACAGUGUAAAUUUCCUGUCCCCUCAAAAUAACUCAACACACAGCCAUUAAUGUCUAAACCGUUGGCAAUAAAAGUGAGGAAAAGUGUGCCCAAAUAGCCAUUUUCCCUCCCCGGUGUCAUGUGACUCGUUAGUGUUACAAGGUCUCAGGUGUAAAUGGGGAGCAGGUGUGUUAAAUUUGGUGUUAUCGCUCUCACACGCUCUCAUACUGGUCACUGGAAGUUCAACAUGGCACCUCAUGGCAAAGAACUCUCUGAGGAUCUUAAAAAAAGAAUUGUUGCUCUACAUGAAGAUGGCCUAGGUUAUAAGAGGAUUGCCAAGACCGUGAAACUGAGCUGCAGCACGGUGGGCAAGACCAUACAGCAAUUUCACAGGACAGGUUCCACUCAGAACAGGCCUCACCAUUUCGACCAAAGAAGUUAAGUGCACGUGCUCAGCGUCAUAUCCAGAGUUUGUCUUUGGGAAAUAGAUCUAUGAGUGCUGCCAACAUUCCUGCAGAGGUUUAAGGGGUGGGGGAGGGUCAGUUUGUCAGUGCUCAGACCAUACACCGCAAACUGCAUCAAACUGGUCUGCAUGGCUGUCGUCCCAGAAGGAAGCCUCUUCUAAAGAUGAUGAACAAGAAAGUCCGCAAACAGUUUGCUGAAGACAAGCAGACUAAGUACAUGGAUUACUGGAACCAUGUCCUGUGGUCCGAUGAGACCAAGAUAAACUUAUUUGGUUCAGAUGGUGUCAAGCAUGUAUGGCGACAACCAGGUGUGGAGUACAAAGACAAGUGUGUCUUGCCUAUAGUCAAGCAUGGUGGGCCUGCAUGAGGGCUGCUGGCAUUGAGGAACUACAGUUCAUUAAAGGAACCAUGAAUGCCAACAUGUACUGUGACAUACUGAUCCUCUCCCUUUGGAGACUAGGCUGCAGGGCAGUAUUCCAACAUGAUAACGACCCCAAACACACCUCUAAAACUACCACUGCCUUGCUAAAAAAGCUGAAGGUAAAGGUGACGGACUGGCCAAGCAUGUCUCCAGACCUAAACCCUAUUGAGCAUCUGUGGGGAAUCCUCAAACGAAAGGUGGAGGAGCGCAAGGUCUCUAACAUCCACCAGCUCCGUGAUGUUGUCAUGGAGGAGUGGAAGAGGACUGUGAAGCUCUGGUGAACUCCAUGCCCAUGAGGAUUAAGGCAGUGCUGGAAAAUAAUGGUGGCCACACAAAAUAUUGACACUUUGGGCCCAAUUGGACAUUUCCACUUAGGGGUGUACUCACUUUUGUUGCCAAUGGUUUAGACAUUAAUGGCUGUGUGUUGAGUUAUUUUGAGGGGACAGCAAAUUUACACUGUUAUAUAGACUGUACAGUUACUACUUUACAUUGUAGCAGAGUGUCAUUUCGUCAGUGUUGUCACAUGAAAAGAUAUAACAACAUAUUUACAAAAAUGUAAGGGGUGUACUCACUUUUGUGAGAUACUGUAUAUACAUAAGUGGUCAAUUUACUACGUUUACCUUACCAAUAAUAACGAAUCCACCAAGGAUAAGAGACCAUCAUCAGAUGAAACCAUAUAUAAUAGACUAGAGAAAAAUUCAGAAAUUUAAUUCUACUAGCAGAAAAAGUACCACUGCAGAGGGGCAAAUGGAACCAAGGACACCACAUCCAACAAUGCCAAUGUAAGGCUUAGAACUCUUAUCUAAUCCAUCGCAAAGUCAAGACUCAAAGCCCAGUGAUAGGGAGGUAGAAUGUUUCAGUCAAACCCUGGAAGGUACAGUGACACUAAAAGAGUGAUACCAAGAGAUCCCAGACGGGGAACCCAUUUUUCCAUUCAUAUUAUAUAUGGAUGUUUAAUGGGUUAAUGGGUUAAAAAAAUUAACAGUACCCAAAGGACCACAUUCUGUUCCCCUGACUUUCUGCACAAAGACAAAGACUAUGUCUCUCUCUUCCAGAGACCAGAAGUUAACAUCUGCUGUUGAAUAUCCGUCAGCCAGUAACAACAUCCUUUGUUAUUGUAUUAUAAAUUAGUAAUUGUAAGAAGAAUAAACCUACUGAAAACAUAAGGCUGGUGCAUGUUGAUAUUUAUAACUGACACACAGAAGAAUUAUAACAUACGUAAGAGAAAUAGUAUUUUUCUACACCAUAUAUUAGAAAAUACCAACUGAGAUAAGUAGAUUGGCACUGGGAACAGCCAGGUCAGAAAAAGCCAUCUGAACUAAUAUGCCAAUGGUAUACACUCGAUGGUGAAUGCCAGAUGAUAAACAGGCAGCUCUCAGUCAACAGUCAGUCAACAGUCAACAACAAGAACUUCAUAAGAUUCUGAGGAAUCAGAAUGUGAUGGACAGUGCCCUUAGAAGCUACCAGCAUUCUGAAUUAGCCUUCCAGCACAAAUGUCAGGAUGGACAAUAGGGCCUCCAUCUACGUAGGCAUCUUUAGAAACAGAAAGAGGGUAAAACCACAACAGAACCAAGUCAAACCUUUAUACACAGUUUGGAAGUAGAAACUCUGUUCCUCAUCUCGCCGGGCACUUAUCUCAGUGAAACGCGUCUCGGACAUUUUUGGACACUUGGACUUGUUUGUAUAGAUACUUUUAUUCAUUUUUUUAUUCUUUAUUUGAACACAAUAAAUGUUUAUUAAUUUUUAAACAAGUCUGAAGAUUUAUCCAUGCUGCUAUAAAGAAGGGUUGUGACACCCUGAAUUGCCACAUUUGAUGAUGCACUCAGAGCCAAGUUAAGGGCUCUGGAUAAGGUGAGAAGACAAUUUUAUUUCUUCUUUAUAAUAUUCUAUUGAGGAUUUCAACAGCAGGGUCAGCUCUGCUUCCCUGUUUUCUUCCAUUUCUGUUCCCUAUAUUGAGGUUUUCACCUGAUAUGGACGUCAAAGGUGUGUGUCACCUUUAGGGACACAAAAGUGGAAGAGAUCAGAGCCGGUCCUUAAGAGGCACUGUAUCAUGUGAGUUGAUCCCUAUUGCAAUUAUUUACACCACUUAAUUCACUAUUUUUUUUUUUUAUAAAUCUUUAUUUUCAUGCGAUAAAAGGACAAACAUGUUAAUAUUGCCGCAAUCCAUAUGUACAUGGCUCACAGGAACAUGCUACAUUAAAUAUACUGUUAGGAUACAUUUCGCAUUUUUUUUUUAAGUUAUAUUGGGCUGGGAUGUUGUAACGUGGGCCUUAACUGUGGAAGUUUUGGGUGAGUGUUCACUCGACUAUGUGUGCCAGCGCAGUUACCUUGAAGCCAUCCAGCGUGUGGGGCAUGCAGUAUUCGAUAAGCUUUUGUUUGUGGGAGUCGAAUCCCCAUCUGAUCUCUGGUAUCUGUUUGGUUAUGGUACUCCAUAUGGAGUUCAGGGCUAGAGCCGUGUUUGGUGUGUGGGGAGUCGUGGCACUCCCUUCAGCGGCAUCCUAUAUGGUUUUAGGUUAUGUCUAUUAUACCUUCCUUCAUACGCUGCAUGGCUCUUGCCUGGACUGGAGGUGCGCUGUGUGGCUUAGCUAAGUAUAGUGAUGAAGGUGGCUGUGUGUAAGCAUGCUGUAAUAAAUGUUUGAGUCUAGUGGGUGUCUAGGUGGGUGGGAGCUGUAUGGAAGCCUAUCUGCGCCCAGAGGGCAAAGAACCCACGGCGUGAGAGGAGGAAGAAAGCGUUAGACUAUGUGUGAGUGUAAGGCUCCCGUGCUGGUAGUACCCUAUUACCCCAGGGCGGGGGGGGGGGAGGGAGGGAGUUGUCGCCAGAGCCGGCUGGUGGGGCCUCCAAUAGGUCGCUAUCCCACUAUAACAGAAAGAGGUGAACCAGUAAUACUAACGCUUGUAAGCGUAACUAAACAUUUUAGUAAGAGAGUCUCAGUAAAAGUCCAAAAGUCCCAGACCGAGCGCGUCGUUUCAGGACUUGGUGUCUCCAUGGGGUCUGGGUGUAGCCGUUGUUGUUGCUUCAACCCUCCUGGGUCGGUGGCCUGGCCGUGGCGUUGAAAUUGUCGGCAGAGUUGGGAGUCCCAAUGUCGCCAUUAGAGCUGGGCCCUCAGAGGGAUCCGUGGCCUUGUAAUGUUUGUUGUCUUUGGUAACCCAUAGGGUCCCCGGAGUCGACCACUUGUAGGUAAUGCCUGCUGCGUGGAGUGGUUUAGUAAGUGGUUGCAUUUGUUUGCGCCAUAGUAGUGUGGCUCUGCUCAGGUCUUGAAAAAAGGAUAAUCGGCAAUCCUCAAAUUCCAUAGGAGUCUUUCCCUGGAGCGCUGCUAAAAGUCCCAAUUUGUCUGACAUAGACUGGCACCGUAAUAUGAUGUCUCGCGGUGCUGCGCUGGGUGCCUGCGGGGAUUUCGCAAUUCUGUAGACUCCGUCGAAUAAGAAGGUUUUGGCUUGUCUGGUUGGAAGUAGUGCAGCUACGAGGCGUCUGAUGAAAUGUGGUAGUUCCUCCAGUGGGAUGGAUUCCUGCACCCCUCUGAUUUUAACGUUUUUGCGUCUCCCCCUGUCGUCCAGUAGGUUGACUUGUCUGGAGAGGGCAGUCUGUGUGGUGGUUAGUUUUUGUACUUUCUCCCCCAGCUCUUGUAGGCCUUGUUUCAGGGUUUCCACUUCAUUCUCUGUAGCUUGUGUACGUAGUGUCACAGCAUUUACAUCCCCUUUUAGCACUGCCAGGUCAGCCUCCCACAUUUGCCUGAGGUUUUGUUGCAGGCUUGUCAGCAUGGCCUGGAUAUCACUCCUGGAUGCUGGGGCAUUAUCCUCCAUUACCCGUGGGGGAGCUGCAUGACAUGGAGUGAGUGGGCUAUCAGGUGGUUCUCCUUCCUCUGAGGGCAGUGGAGAGGAGUCCCGAUGGGACGUGGUCUGCGCUGCACUUGGGGCCUGCAACAUCUGGCCUAUGUCGCGCUGGGGCCUUGGGGUAUGUGUGGGUGGUUUCUGAGACUUGCGCCCCAUCUCACCUGUGUGUGGCAGGCUGUGGUACCAGUCUUCCAGAGCAGGUGAGCCCCAGGGCCAGAUUCCCUCCUCUGAGUCUCUCUGCCGUCCGCCCGCGUGGUAGGCCUUACCGCCUCUGCGUCGUGUUUUGGAGCCGGGCGCAAGAAAAAACGGCAUCGGCGGCUUCGGCUGGCUGUCCUGGUUUUAGACCCAGCGUCUGUGAUCAAGGUCGGUAUCGGGUGUUCCCAAAUCGGCUGGAUUGUAAGUAUCCAAGCGGGAGCUCCACUAUUGUGCGUCCGCUCGGUUCCGUUGUCAGGCUCCGCCCCCCUUAAUUCACUAUUUUAUUGCACCAUAUUCUGUUUACUUUGUUCCCCUAUAGGGAUUUUUUUACUACAAUAUCUUGUAACCCUUAGGGCAGGGCUCGAGUCCUGCAGGAACGCAUGGGAACGGCGUUCCUGCACUUUUUCCAAAGCAGGAACGCCGUUCCCGUUACCUGUCCUGCAGGACCGGCCCUGCUACCUGCACUGAGGGGCCAUCACACGCUGUGUUCCCCCUCCAGCUCUAACUCUCGCGAGACCCGCGGCUGUUACCAUGGCAACGCUCCGCACAGGCGAGAAGACGCCAGCGUCCAUAGGAAAGCAUUCUAAAUGCUUUCCUAUGAACUGGCUGAAUGCGCGCGCAUGCGCAUUCAGCCGAUGAUAUCGCUAUGGAGGAGGAGGAGAGCUCCCCGCCCCGGCGCUGGAGAAAGGUAAGAUUUUAACCCCUUCCUCUCCCCAGAGCCCGGCGGGAGGGGGACCCUGAGGGUGGGGGCACCCCCACGGCACUAUAGUGCCAGGAAAACAAGUAUGUUUUCCUGGCACUAUAGUGGUCCUUUAACCCCUUAAGGACACAUGACAUGUGUGACAUGUCAUGAUUCCCUUUUAUUCCAGAAGUUUGGUCCUUAAGGGGUUAAGAAAGGCUUAUGUUGCUAUUUAAUAUAUUUAAACUAUAUAAUAAAACUUCAGCUUGUAGUAAACCAUAUAAUUUACUACAGCUUGUAGUAAAAUAGCAGUAGCCCAUUGUGAAUAUUUCUUUAAAUUGAUUUAUGUAAAUAAAUUCAGUUGACAGAGGCAAUUAAAGAAGAAAGAAAAAAAAUAAAACCACAUCUCCGCUGCACUUGAAUUAAAGAGUUAAAUAUAUUGUCUUUGCAGGGCAGCUGUGAAACAUUUAUUAGCAGGUCUUCAGAGAACAGCUAAUGGAUACUUAGAGAAUAGUAAGAUAGUAUUUAACAGUCUACAAUUACAGAGUAUCAGAUCUGUCGGCAUACUACAUUAGCCCUGUAAUUAAUAAAUGGCGUGUUCUGCUUCAAAAGCUUGACGUUCAAAGGAACUGCAGGUUAGAACCAAUUUACAACAGGAAGGCACCUGUGGAUUUAAUGUUCAUGAUUUCCACCCAAUAUUGAUGGAAGCCUUACUCCAGGCUACAUUCCUGCCCACCACACUUAAUGUAUAACCCAAAUAAUGAAAAAUAUGCAGAUUCCUCAGGAUCUAAAUAUGAUUCUAGUGCUCUUUCACCAUCACUGAUGGGAAGUACAAGUUGAUGAGUUCCUUAAUGAUUCUUCACAUUAAAGCAGGCUUCCCCAAACGCCGGCCCUCCAGAUGUUGCUGAACUACAUCUCCCAUGAUUCUCAGCCUAUCUAUUUCAUUCAUAGAAUCAUGGGAGUUGUAAUUCAGCAACAUCUUGAGGGCCGGCGUUUGGGGAAGCCUGCAUCAAAGGAACCCUCCAAGCUCCAUCACCACACUGUAGUGGUUAUAGUGCCAUGAGUGCGUCACACUGUCCGUCCGGUGCUCCUUUCAGAAGGAAAUUAGAGCUUAUUGGUCCUGCAAGCAGCUUUCCUUCCUGUGAAGGGCCAGUUCAUUUGAACAGAAAAUGCUUGCUGGACUCGGCAAAGAAGAGAGAGAGCCUGCCCCCAAGCAUUUUCAAUGGAUGUUUAACAGAGCCGGCCACCAUAACAAGCUGUAGUGUUCAUGGUGCUUGGAGUGUUUCUUUAAUCAAAAUAAUACAAAUCACAUUUAUGAUACUUUUUUGUGUUCUAUAAAAUUCAUGUUUUUUUAGGUUUGUUUCUAUCGAUUUAUCUUUAUAGGCUUCUUAUUUUAUUUGAUACAACAUUUUACAAGUAAACAGUCACUGACAUUGUUAAACAGAAACAAAAAAGAUAAAAGAAAAGAAGUAAAAUAUAAUUUCUGUUGAAUAUCCAUCACCCUGUAACAUCCUUUAUUCUUUUGUUAUAUAUUUUGAAGCAGACCAGCGGGGGAGACCUAAUGCGCAAGCGCGGCAGACCUCCCCAUAGGAAAGCAUUAUUCACUUUUCGAGUGUUAAGAACCUGGAAGCCCCUCUAGUGGCUGUCUGAUAGACAGCCACUAGAGGAGGACUUAACCCUGCAAGUAAAUUAUUGCAGUUUAUAAAAUCCACCGAAGAUGCAAACCUGAUGCAUUCUAAUAUGUAUAUAUAUAUAUUAUUUAUUUUUUAUUUAUGUAUGUGUAUAGCAACCAUAUCAUUAUCCGUUGGCUUUACUUGCCAUUACUAUAGUUUUUUUUUUUACAUUUUGCUAAAAAUUCAGAAAUAAACAUGCAUGGCAUCUUUGAAUGGCAGAUGUACAUGGAGUUCCUACUGGCUCUACAUCCCUGCGUGCUGAGCCCACAUUUAUCUGUGCAUAUAUAAAGUCAGUAACAUGUACAACCUAUUGCGUUUGAUUAUGGAAACUAAGAUCAGUUAAAAAAUGAAAAAUUAAAACUAUGAUGAAACCUAAAACUCCCUGUUAAUUUCCUCAGGCCAUCACUUCCAAAUUUCCCCAGCUACCUCUUGUCUCAAAUCCCCAUUAUAUCCUUUAGAUUGUAAGGUCACGGGCUGUCUAUCUAAAAGAGCUUCAAUGGCUAGAUCUUAGCUCACAGGCAUGGUCUUCUUUAGCUUUUGUAUUGGUCUAUGCAUAUUGUAUGUUCUGCCCUAAUUGUACAGCGUUAUGAGGCAUUAUGAUGCUAAGAACCUUGCUGCAGUCGUGUUUUCAGUGAACACUUACCCAGCUACUCGUAGUUAUUAUUAGGUCUUAAGCACCUGGCAUUCAUCCAGCGUGCGAGAACGGAUCAAUAAUAACUGAUCGGUAAUACUGGAUGGUCAGCAACCACUUUAAAGAACCGAAAAAGUAUGUGUCAUCAGAAAGCCAUACUGUGAAGUAUUUACAGCAAUCACUGACCAUUAAAGGACCACAAUAAAAUGGAUCAAUUCUAUUACGAACUAUAAGUGAAUGUGUUACAAAAGGAUUCCCAAAAGAAUGGUUAGAAGUAUGGUCAGACAUCAAUAAUGGAAGGCAAUUAGCAUUGUCUGGAGUUGUUACAAAUGAUAUAGAUGAUCACACACCAUAUUUUGGCGCCUGGGGUUUUAAUAGAUGGGAGAAAAUGCUCCUUUGAUUGGAGCAAGGGUUUAUCUUGUAUCGCACUGCAGACAUUUGGAGGAAUUUAAAAAAUCAUGUCUCGCUUUAUGCAUAUUAAAGCUGAUAAAUCUGUUGGGCAGGCACGACUAAUAAAUCUGUUCAGGUCAUUCGCUAAAAUUAAUUGUCGGUAAUUCAAAGUGAACUCAAAUGAAUUUCAAAUUCUAGACCGUAACAUUCGCACUAAAAGCUUAUCUGACUUGGGUGAUAUUUCCAAUCAACUUUUUUGGUCUAAAGUUAAGGAUUUAAAGUGAAUUUCAGACUAUUAAGACUUUAGUGCAUAAAAGAAAAUAAUAAUAAUAAAAAAAAAAACUAGUCUAGCUUGGUCUCCCUAAAAGACUAAAAAAGAAAAACUAACACCCCUCUCUAGCUCCCUCCUUCCCCCCCUCCCAAAAAAAGAAAAGUCUGCAAUAAGCUUGCAAUCUAUUUUAAAACCCACAGUCUGCUUUGAACAGCUUGCAGUCUGGUAUAAACAAGCACAGGAUUACCACUGAAUUAAGAGUCUGCUGCAUGCAGUAGAAGCAGACAUAAAUUGUGUAAUAUAUUGCAAAGGGCCAAGUAGAACAUGGAAAGAUGUUUUACAUCUGGAGCAGAUGGAAUGUUUUGGUUGCUGUCAUGUUACUUUCCUCCCCUUUGUAGACAGCCAGCCUCCAAACCCUACUCAUCUGGCACAAGACAUCUCAUUACGACACAACUCGAAAUCAGAAAUGAUCAGGUUUCCUUUAUUUCUCUGUCCCCCUAAGGCUACAAAUACCUAGGAAGAGAAGGCAAGACUCGGCAUUCCCUCGGACUAUCCCUGUCUGAGAGUUAAUCUGGCUUUUAAUGCACACUGUCCGAUGAUACGCUGUCGUCGAUACCGCCCUAGCCCAGGAGAGUUUGGGGGAACACAACAAAGACGUCCCUCUCUGCAACGGCACCGUGCAGAUGUUUAGCUGGAAAAGACAGAUGUUGACUGUAUGGCUGGAGAGCAGGUUAGUCAUUGCUGCUUUAUGGAAUCUCUCUACCUCACUUGGAAACAUGAUUAACUAUUCCACCACCGGGGUCAAGUUCCGUCCAUUGCAUGUUACUGUGAAACAGGACAGUGUCUUGCUAUAAAGUGGUUGUUAUUAUUAUUAUCGCCAUUUAUAUAGCGCCAACAGAUUCCGUGGUGCUUUACAAUAUUAUGGGGUGGGGGGGGGGAGUUUAACUAUAAAUAGGACAAUUACAAAAAACUUACGGGAACAAUAGGUUGAAGAGGACCCUGCUCAAAUGAGCUUGCAAUCUAUAGGAUAGGCACCAAGUAGCUAAAAUGAAAGUCAGUUCUCAUUAUUUAACAUCCUAUUCCAUUGAACAGGCUAAUUGUUAUUCACUAAACCGAGAAGUGAUGUAAAUUCCCCACAAAAUUACAAAAUUAACACUAAAAUAGUUGAGCUACAAAUAGUUGCUUUACUAGGCUUGGUGUAACCCAGUAUGAUAACUCAUGGUGUCACCCCCCCACCCCCAUGGUCCUCCCGUACCAGAUCGUAUUAUUUUUGGUAUUUAUAGAACAACAACUUAUUCCGCAGCGCUUUGCAACUUUAUAAAAAGGGGGAAGAUUAACAAUAAAUGAGACAAUUACAAAAUGUUACAAGAACAAUGGAUUGAUGAGGACCCUGCUUGUAUAUAAGCAAUUAUACAAAUACCAGCAGCAACGAAAACAGCGUUGUCUCACGUGUUUUUGUUGAUGUCGUGUGAGGUGGGAUAUGCUGUGUGUGCAUGAAGUAGGUGAGGAAGCAAGUAACUUCAUACAAUUUAUAUACCCCCUCCUCCCUCUUGUUACCUUGGCCCAGGAAGGGGGAAAUUUAGAUCUCAGGAUGUCUAGUGGUGAGCUCUUCUGGUCUGCACCAACACUAGGCGCAGACCUUCUACAUUGUUGUUUCAAGUUCCUGCUCUCUAAUAGUGUCAGGGUGCUACUGCUACCACUACAAUGCUCCACUACUUUUAGGGAUAGUGCCGGAGCUCGCGAAUGGUAUAUGCAAGAUCUGCACCCAAGAAAGGUGCAAACCAGAAGCCUGUGUAGUAGGUUCACUUGGCCAUUAAGGGAGAUCUUUGAUCUCCAUCACUGGCCCAUGAAAACACACAUGGGCUGGUCUGCUGUGUGUCACUCCUUCUGUUGGAGUCACCCUGUGUGAUCCAUAUCCCCCUAGUUAUGUCACUGGCUACAAACAUAACUGAUCUAGAGUCUACUUUGACCUAAACAUUUGUAAUACUCUGGUGAAUUCUUGAUAAUACACAAUUUAGUUUAUAACCCAUUAUUUUUCCCUCUAAAUUUCUUAGUUGCAGAUAAUGAAUUUAUAGUUAGUGGAAAUCUUUUUUUUUUUUUUUAAAUAUAUUUUUAAGUUUUUGUUUUAAGUAUGCAUAUUUAUAAUACAUAUAGAGUUAACCUAUAUAGUGAUACCAUAUUGAAACCAUAUUGUAUACUGUACAUUUUAGUUAAUUGAGUCUCAGGGGUGGAGUUAGACUUCUUUAAAGGGCUUGUUUUCUUCCCCGAAACAAGUUUAUCUUUAAGUUUAUGGUGUUGAAUAGGGCAUGACAUCUCAGUGGGUCAGGGGAUGAGUACACAAAGUCCCACCAUCAAUAAACUUCACCAGCUGCCACUGUCUAAUAAUGAACACAUAGUAAACACUAAAGACAUCUCUAGGUUGCUUCUUACCCACAUGCAAUAUUGGCUAAUCUAUGUGGCAUUCUAACUAAAGACAAUGUUGCUAUAUUGAUUUCUUUCUACUCCUACACCACAUGAUAAUUCUAAUGUAAUUUUUAACAUUUCACAUUGGGCAAUAUUAGGAACUCACCAAAUAAACUAUGUACCCUUUCUAUGCACUUAGGAUAAAAAUAAAAAAAAACACUUGAUCACUUUCAGAAUCUAGUAAUACCAGAAAGAAGUAACUGCUAUCUUCCACCUAUAAAUAAAAUAAAAUCCCAUUUUAGUAGAUAUACGCCCAAUGAAAACAUAAAUGCAUUUUAAAUUAUUCUUAUAUAUAAAACCAGCUGGCAAAACCUGCAGAUCUCUUGCCUGCAGCCUUUGCAAGCCCUCCUCUUUUAAUCCCGCCCUGACUUUCUGUGGCUGUCCAAUCACAGACUUCCCAAUGCAGCUUAAUGAUAAGUCUUUGCAAGGCAGGUGCCUCUUGAGUUUAGCUUCAUUAUGCUAAACAAGCAAGAAGUAACAAGACCGGUAGCCUUACUGAGCGUCAGGAGGGUGUAGCAAGGUUAAUUUAUAAAAUAGACAUUUUCUAUUGAAAUAUGAACUUUUUUUGUAAAAUAAAAAGAGGAAACACUGUUCACACAUAAAGUACUUCAGCAAGCUGGAGUGCUUUAGAAGUCUGGAGUGUCCCUUUAACCACUUCAUUUUGGGGUAAAUUCAAGAUGAACUAUUCAUUGACAGGCUAUGUUAGUUGGCAGUAAUCAGGACUCAAUUCUGAUGUUAAAUAAAGUGAAUGAAGUCCAUGAGGUUUUUUUCUGUUAAAUAUCAGGUAGGGCAGAAGAAUAAAUGGUUUGUCUACAUUAGGAAUUAGGAAUUAGGACAGUGAUGCAUGGUGGAGACCUGUAUUACAAAAGAGAAUGAUCAAACUACAUGCUGGAUCAUUUGUCGGAGAGGUGAAAUAAGCCCAGUGCUUUCUUUUUUGCAGAUGACUUUUCCAGAUAUGGAGCACAAUUUAUGCUCUUCUACAUAUAGAACACCCCCGCUCACCCACAAAGAAAACCCAACAAUAAAAAACAAAAUAAAACAAUUAACUCCCCCAUAAACAUCAAAAUUAUUAACUGCAGUGUCCUAAUAAAUCAGAUCAGUUUUUGUCAUUCUCCCCCUUUGCCUUCGAGUAAAAUUAUGACAAAAAUUCCAAAAACAUUUUUUACUUAACUUUGCUCAAGAAAACCUCACCGCUGCUGUCUGCUCUACCUAUUGCAACAUCCCCCGGCUCUCAAGCCAAUGUUCCAAUCCAUGCGCCUCAAAGAGUUUCUCAUGAAUGCAAUGCUUUCUUAUGUGCUGCAAUGUCCUGUUGUAGAGGAAGCGUAUCUACUGGUCGUCAGGAAGAAAACCACUAGAGAUGUAAUUAAUCCUGCUUUGGAAACAUUGCAGUCUCUACAAAAUGAAAAAGUUAAAGGGACACUAUAGUCACCCAGAACACUUCAGCUCAAUGAAGUGGUCUGGGUGCCAGGCAGGGCCGGAUUAAGAGCACAGUGGGCCUGGUGCUGACAAUUAUGAUGGGCCUAAUUACAGAAUCUUAUUGACCAAAAACACUAAAACAAUCAUACCUCCCAAGCGCCAUGUAUCUGAUGGAGAUGGUGCUGGAGGGAAACUCAUAGGAUGCAGCUAUAAGAAAACACAUACCCUAUGCUAAUCUCUCUCUAAUUUAUGUUUUCAUCUUUCAAGUAAAUCCAUAACCCCUAACAGCAGUGUCCAGUAAUGCAGGAAGUUAAUGGGCGGGAUAAAAGGGUGUGCCACUGGCGCAAAUCACGUGGCAAGACCUGCCAAAAGGGGUGAACAUGCCCAAAAAGGGGCAUCUUUGUCCAAAGAAUUGGAAGGUCAGCCUGGCAUGAAUGCAUGUCAGGCUGCCUGCCAAUCCUGCAGGCUGUCCAACUAAGGGCAUACUAUGCAGGCAGCACCUUGAGCUUGACAUAAAUGCGUCUAAUGAUGCGCUCGCUCAAUUCUUUCUAAGGACUGUCCCCUAGCACUCGCUGGUCCACUUGUCUCCUUACCUUCUUACUAGCAGGCAGAAGUUCCUGGUAUAUAGUCUGAGACAGAGAAAAGAUGUCUGUAGUGAGUGUAGAAGAAAGGGGACAUGCCACAGUGUUAGAGAGACCAACGUCUGCAUUACCUAAACUAACUUUAAUGUCAGCAAGUGCACACAAGUUUUGUUCCCAUACAUCCUCUUAAGCUUCCAAACUUAAAGGGACACUAUAGUCACCAGAACAACUACAGCUUAUUGUAUUUCUUCUGGUAAGUAGAAUCAUUCCAUUCAGGCUUUUUGCAGUAAACACUGUCUUUUCAGAGAAAAUAACUCCACUGGCUGGUCCUUAGAUGGCUGCUAGAGGUGCUUCCUUGGGCAGUACUGCCUAGUGUGCAGCACUGCCAUUCAGUGUCUCCACCCUCUGCAUGCAGAUACUGAACUUUCCUCAUAGAGAUGCAUUGAUUCAAUUUAUCUUUAUAAGGAGAUGCUGAUUGGCCAGGGCUAUGUUGGACUUGUGCUGGCUCUGCCCCUGAUCUGCCUAGUUGACAGUCUCAGACAAUCCUAUGGGGAAGUAUUGUAAUUUGCUCAGACCACCACUUCUGAGCCAGCAGCUGCAGAAUUGAAUACAAGUAAUAUUUUACUAUAUUUAGGGAGGCAAGAAGGGGCCAGGGUGGUGGUUUUAACAUAAUAGGGUCAGAAAUACAUGAUUGUGUUCCUGACCCUAUAGUGCUCCUCUAAGCAAGAGUAUGUGAAGAGUAGUUAAGGUUGCCACCUUCUUGGAAAAAAAUUCCAGCCUUAAUCAUUUGUAUAAUUAAUUAGUUAUGCGUGACAUCACAUGAUGUAAAUCACAAGGAGUGACAUCAGAGAAAAUUCUGUAAAAUCACCAAACUACUCACAGUUUGAUUCUGCUGUAUAGAUGGAUUGCUCCCAGUGUCUCAGUCUCGCAAGUCACCCAGUGUCUCAGUGUCCCUAUGUAUCACAGUGUCAGUGUCCCCAUGUCGCCCAGUCCCCUAGUCUUCCAGUGUCUGUGUCCCCAUUUCUCCCAGUGUCCCAAUGUCUCAGUGUGUCCCCAUGUCACAAGGAUACCGGGGACACUGAGAGACCCGGGGACACUGAGACAUUUAGGGAAACUGGGAGAAAUGGGGACACUGAGACACUAGGGACACAAACACUGGGAGACAUGGGGACACUGAAACAUUUGGGGACACUAAGACACUAGGGACACAGACAUGGGAACACAGACACUGGGAGACUAGGGGACACUGGGAGACUAGGGGACACUGGCUGGGAGACAGACACUUGGGGUCACUGGGAGACAUGGGGACAGUUGUGGACAUAGACAUGUGGACACUGGGACAUAUAGGGACACUGGGAGACAUGGGGACACCAGGAACACACUGGGAGACAUGGAGACACUGAAACAUUUGGGGACACUAAGACACUAGGGACACAGACACUGGGAGACUAGGGGACACUGGGAGACUAGGGGAUACUGGCUGGGAGACAGACACUUGGGGAGACAUGGGGACAGUUGUGGACAUAGACAUGGGGACACUGGGACACAUGGGGACAAUAGGCACACUGAGAGACAUGGGACACAGACACUGGGAGACUUGGGGACACUGAGACGCUAGGGACACUGGCUGGGGGACAUAGUGUCUCCGUGUCCCAAUGUCUCCCAAUGUCCCUAUGUCUCACAGCGUCUCCAUGUGUCUCAGCAUCCCCAUGUGUCUCAGUGUGCCCUAGUGUCUGUGUCCCCAGGUCUCCCAGUGUCUGUGUCCCCAUGUGUCCUAGUGUCUCAGUGUCCCCUAGUGACAGUGUCCCCAGGUGUCCCCUAGUGUCUGUGUCCCCAAGUGUCUCAGUGUCCCCUAGUUUUCCAGUGUCCCCAAGUGUCUCAGUGUUCCCAGGUCUCCCAGUGUCUGUGUCCUAGUGUCUCAGUGUCCCCUAGUGUAUGUGUCAUCAUGUGUCCCCUAGUGUCUGUGUCCCCUAGUGUCUAGGUGUCCCCAUAAGUCCCCUAGUGUCUCAGUGUCCCCAUGUGUCCCCUAGUGUCUGUGUCCCCAUGUGUCCCCUAGUGUCUCAGUGUCCCCUAGUGUCUCAGUGUCCCCUAGUGUCCCCUAGUGUCUCAGUGUCCCCAUGUGUCCCUGCUGCCUUUCCCCCCAUCCCUCACUUCCCUGAGCUGUAGUCUGUCGCUGCAGGCUGAGAGCUGCUGUCUGGACUCUCUGUGCUGUGUAGCUGCUCCUCCACGGAUCAGUGAGUAGCAGAGAGAGGCAGGGAUAUUCUGUAACUUCCUAUCCCUGACUCUCUCCACACACAGUGACCCCUACUGGCCAGUGCUGGUAUUGCAGAGUAAUUUCCAUUUAUUCUGAGAAAAUUACCUGCAUUUGUAUUGCUGGUAUUACUGCAAUACCGGCAGGGCCAGGCAGCCCAAAUACCGUCUGUGCCAUUAAAAUACCAGUCAGGUGGCAAACCUAAGAGUAGUGUGUAAAAAAAUAAAUAAAAAUAAAAAUAAUUUUUUUUUUUUUUUUUUUAAUGGGCCUAUUCCAUGGGCCUGGGCCUGGAGCUGCAGCUCCAUCAGCCCCUAUGUUAAUCCGGCCCUGGUGCCAGGUCCCUCAGGUUUUAACCCUUUAAAUGCAAACAUAGCAGUUUCAAGGAAACUGCUAUGUUUACAUUUGGGGUUAAGCCAGCCUCUAGUGGCUGUCUUCCGGACAGCCACUAGAGGCGCAUCUGCAAUGAUUGAGGCAUAUUAUGCCUCAAUCACGCAGAGCGUCCGUAGGAAAGCAUUGAAAAAUGCUUUUCUAUGGUCACUUUGAAUGCGCGCACGGCACUGCCACACAUGCGCAUUCGGCUCCUGUGACGUCGGACGAGGAUGCUGACGUCGGCGGGGGAGGAGAGGUAAGGGAGCCCGGCGCUGGAAUUAGGGGAGCUACUGAAGGGGAGGGGGACCCUGAGGGUGGGGGCACCCUCAGGGUACUAUAGUGUCAAGAAAACCAAUUUGUUUUCCUGACACUAUAGUGCCCCUUUAAAGUUUUAUAUGGCAGGCUUAAAACUACAAGGCCACUGCACCAUGCCACCCAACACUUCCACUUGCGGGUCAGUCCCAAUUAUGGGGUCCUGUCCCAUAUUAGUCCCUCAAUGUCUCACAUUCAGGGAAACCAAGGAACUGCCCCAGACAGCACAGGGCAAGAGCAUCAUUAGGUGCUCUUGAGCUGUGCAGCAGGUACAAGAACUAUACAGAGUCUGCAUAGUACCCUCUGCAGGGGGCUGGCCAGGAGGCGGUAAGCUUGGCAUGCAUGACGCCAGGCUCACACUCCCCUUCAGUGUGUGGACCUGCCUAAUUUCUGGACUGGCCCACCCAUUUAAGUGCAUCACCAGUGAAGCAACUUGCAUCAUUGGUGAUGCUCCUUAGAAGGCCUGCCUUGAUUCCAACCAGGCUAAAGUUGGGAGUAAUGCUGCACACAGACCACUUCAUUGAGAUGGUCUAGAUGACUUAAAACUGCCCCACAAACUAAAACAAACAGGGAGAUCUAGUCAAGAAGUGAAUACAGAACCACAUAUUGAGAAUGGCACUGCCGAAUACAUCACAGUUACAGAACAAUCAAAUGUGGAAGCCACAUGAAUGUUUCAGUAAUUUCAUGCAAGCGCAUAACAAAACAAGAUUACAAUUUUAGGUGUGUCAAAUUUCUCUAUGGCAUCCGUAUCUAUGCCUUACACUGUUUUUAUCUUAAAAUAUAGUAUCUUUAAAAAGUGGGUUUCUACUAACAAUAUAAUGUUACUCUGACUGGCAUUAUUAGCCUGGGGAACUUAAUAAUGUGGUCUUCUAUAUAACCACAAUAACCACACGUUGCAUGCCCCAUUAUAUAGUAUAAUGCUAGAGGGUGAGAUAUAUAUGUGUAUAUAUAUGUAAAAUGUAAAUUUUGCUUAAGACAUAAUUUAUGACACUUUACUUGUUUUUGUGUACGCAAUCAUUUAAAUUACAGUCUGGUAAAUGUGAUUCAUACAAUUUAUUUUAAGAGGGUGCAUGUGUGCACAAGUAAGAGAUUUACUUUUAAAAAUCAGUUUUAUUAAGCUUUGCAGCAUUGCAAAUGGGAAUGCCUGAAGCAUUACAAAUGGGAAUUUGUGUUCGCUGACUUCGUAGGAAAGUAAAUGUGUUUGCUGGCAGGAGACAUUGAGUCUGGGAGAGGUCUCGAGGGUUUAAUUGAAAUGGAUCAUGGCAGCAGGUUCUUAAAACAUUAAAUAACGUGGCUUACAAUUGAUUAAAGUGAAAUCAUACGAAUUCAGUAUGACAUUUAAGUUUGAACUUCUGAAAAAUCUGUCCUACGGCCUUACGUAUUACUAAGCACCUGCAGAAGGACACACACACACACACCCCUACCUCUUUCAUUAUUAACUUUACCAUGUUGCUAAUUGCUGUACAAGCAGACCAAGAUUCUCAAGAGAUCAAUGUAGUAAUUUGUAACACCAGACACACCCUAAUAAAUACAUUUAACACCAAUGGUGCAAUUAGCUGGAGUUAAAAAUGUAUUGGGUUCUAGGGGAGACAAUAGGUCCACUCUAAUCACUUAGGGUCUGAAUACCCCGUUGUCCCCCCCCCUUAUCAGUUAGGGCCCCCAUCCACUGCUAAUGGGUGUGGGCAGGUAGACAAUAGUUUCCCCCCUUUUUUCUUAGGGCCCCCACAUGCUUCUAAUUGGUGGGGGCAUGAGGGGCACUAGAUUCCCCGUGUAGUUGAAUAGUCCUCACUCAUGGGGCAAGAGUGGAGGCUGGAGGGGGACACUAUGCCUCCUCUUAUUCAUUUUUUAAAAUAGGUGCCCCACAAUUGGACUUGGCGCAGGAUGUCUUUUUUACAACAGUGAGCAGACACUGGCUGCUCACCGUUUAGGAGACAUGCCUCUACUUAUUGCACAACGAGUUUGUGGCCAAAACGUCUGCUUUGUCUUUUAUGUCCUUCAAAUAAAUGCUUGGUAGCACUUUUAUGGCACAUUGAGUAGGGGCACGUCACGUAUUCUUCGUCUCUAUGUGACAAAAACUGAGAUAAUUACCUUCCCGUCUUCUGCUAUCAUGUCUGACUUUUGCGACAUGCCAAAGGACGCCGGCCGCUGUGGACCCACACAAUUAUAUAUCCCCACUUCAAUCCACGGUAAAGACGAUGUCAAAGUGCAGGUGACGUCACUCAAAUGACAAACACACAUGUUUUGGGGUCAAGGGCUAGGUACAGCCUAUCGGAUCUGCAAAAGGGUUAUUUAAACUCUCAUAUUCCCUUAGUUCAUUGCCCUGUCAUGGUUUCCUUUAGAUGGUUAUUACAGAGUGUGUUCCUGAUCGUGUUUUUCUGGUUUUUGACUUUGGCUUCGUUUUGACUUCCCUGAUUUCUGGUACCCUUGACUUUUGGCUUUUCCUUAUAGCUGUGUAUCGUUUUGUGUUCCUGAACUCGGCUAGUUUUCUGACUAUUCUCGGGUACGUUAAGUCCGGCCAUUCUAAGGUCUGGUAAGACGUUACUCAUAGUUCUAGGGUGUGAUACUAUUCUGCGGGCUGGAUCAAUAUAAUCCUGACAGGGCAGAAGGGAGAUUCUAACCUCCCUGAUGCUAAUAUUGGGGGCGUAUUGACCCCCCUCCCCCAAAGAGUGAGGGGAGACAUAGGGGUGAUUUAGGAAGCACCGGGCAGCCCAGCACAGCUCCCUGACACUACUUUACAUAUUACAAGGAGGGAGCUGCAAGCCGUUAGCUCCCUCCUUGUAAGCAGCGAACGAAUGAAGACCAAAUUGGAGUUCGAUAUUAGUUUGUUGUAAUUUCUAUUCAUUCGUUUAUCUUUCUGACAAAUGAACAAAUAGUUGAAAUUCCUGUCUGCAUUUCGGAGAAUAGCAAAUGCCCAAGUAUGCAAAUGGUGAUGCACAGGAAUUUCACAGUGUGGGCAGAUGACGUGUCCCGUAGGGAAUUCAUCUGGCAACACUAAGAUGGUGGCGCCUAGGGCCUAGAUCCGGACUGGAAAUAAAUAGGUUAAAAAAAAAAAAAAAAGGUGAAAUGGGGGUGACAAUAAUAUGUAGUAGAGUCAGAAUGGUGGGGGGUUAAAAAUAACAUAACAGUGCAGCUUUAAAACGUUUGCAGAGACAGACUGUUGACACCAGAUCAACUGCAUUAAGCUGUAGUUCUGGUAACUACAGAUUCCCAUUAAGCUAAAGUAGUUUUGAUGACUAUAGUGUCGCUUUAAAAUUCAGUUGUCUAGAAAAUAACUCAUUGUUAUGAACUCUUUUUGACCCUUUUGGUCUAUUUCGGUCAGAUAAGGUGUUGGGCAGGCUCCCAAAAGGAGUUUUAAACCACUUAUGAUCAAAUGUCUGUCAUGUGGAAAAAACAAGUUUUCCAAAUAAACAAGGCUUUAUUGUGGUCUACUUAGUAGUAUCAAGUACUGGCACAACAUUAUUUAGUAUAAUACGUUAUACAGUCCCCUGAAAGUUUAGACUUGUUUGCCCCCAGGCUAGUAAGGUACUAUAAUCUUUAUCCUCACAAAUAAAGCUCAGAUUGUAUAUCAUAUUCAGUUUAAAGGAUCGCAAAUAAUAUUUCACAGAAGAACAAUUAUCAGUAUUCGGAGUCAUCAUGCUGUGAGUGAUGACAGCGUUUAUAAAGAACUCACUGUCAACUAUCAGAGGUGCGUUCGCUGACGAAAAACAACUUUGUUGAUUCUUAGAAACAGCAUUGUUUACAUUUGUCAGACUGCAGGGUCAGUAUUUGCACACAAAAACAAAACACUGCUUUACAGGGAGUGCAGAAUUAUUAGGCAAGUUGUAUUUUUGAGGAUUAAUUUUAUUAUUGAACAACAACCAUGUUCUCAAUGAACCCAAAAAACUCAUUAAUAUCAAAGCUGAAUAUUUUUGGAAGUAGUUUUUAGUUUGUUUUUAGUUAUAGCUAUGUUAGGGGGAUAUCUGUGUGUGCAGGUGACUAUUACUGUGCAUAAUUAUUAGGCAACUUAACAAAAAACAAAUAUAUACCCAUUUCAAUUAUUUAUUAUUACCAGUGAAACCAAUAUAAUAUCUCAACAUUCACAAAUAUACAUUUCUGACAUUCAAAAACAAAACAAAAACAAAUCAGUGACCAAUAUAGCCACCUUUCUUUGCAAGGACACUCAAAAGCCUGCCAUCCAUGGAUUCUGUCAGUGUUUUGAUCUGUUCACCAUCAACAUUGCGUGCAGCAGCAACCACAGCCUCCCAGACACUGUUCAGAGAGGUGUACUGUUUUCCCUCCUUGUAAAUCUCACAUUUGAUAAUGGACCACAGGUUCUCAAUGGGGUUCAGAUCAGGUGAACAAGGAGGCCAUGUCAUUAGAUUUUCUUCUUUUAUACCCUUUCUUGCCAGCCACGCUGUGGAGUACUUGGACGCGUGUGAUGGAGCAUUGUCCCGCAUGAAAAUCAUGUUUUUCUUGAAGGAUGCAGACUUCUUCCUGUACCACUGCUUGAAGAAGGUGUCUUCCAGGAACUGGCAGUAGGACUGGGAGUUGAGCUUGACUCCAUCCUCAACCCAAAAAGGCCCCACAAGCUCAUCUUUGAUGAUACCAGCCCAAACCAGUACUCCACCUCCACCUUGCUGGCGUCUGAGUCGGACUGGAGCUCUCUGCCCUUUACCAAUCCAGCCACGGGCCCAUCCAUCUGGCCCAUCAAGACUCACUCUCAUUUCAUCAGUCCAUAAAACCUUAGAAAAAUCAGUCUUGAGAUAUUUCUUGGCCCAGUCUUGACGUUUCAGCUUGUGUGUCUUGUUCAGUGGUGGUCGUCUUUCAGCCUUUCUUACCUUGGCCAUGUCUCUGAGUAUUGCACACCUUGUGCUUUUGGGCACUCCAGUGAUGUUGCAGCUCUGAAAUAUGGCCAAACUGGUGGCAAGUGGCAUCGUGGCAGCUGCACGCUUGACUUUUCUCAGUUCAUGGGCAGUUAUUUGCGCCUUGGUUUUUCCACACGCUUCUUGCGACCCUGUUGACUAUUUUGAAUGAAACGCUUGAUUGUUCGAUGAUCACGCUUCAGAAGCUUUGCAAUUUUAAGAGUGCUGCAUCCCUCUGCAAGAUAUCUCACUAUUUUUGACUUUUCUGAGCCUGUCAAGUCCUUCUUUUGACCCAUUUUGCCAAAGGAAAGGAAGUUGCCUAAUAAUUAUGCACACCUGAUAUAGGGUGUUGAUGUCAUUAGACCACACCCUUCUCAUUACAGAGAUGCACAUCACCUAAUAUGCUUAAUUGGUAGUAGGCUUUCGAGCCUAUACAGCUUGGAGUAAGACAACAUGCAUAAAGAGGAUGAUGUGGUCAAAAUACUCAUUUGCCUAAUAAUUCUGCACUCCCUGUAAAUGGUUACACCAAGCAUCGUAAGCACUGUAGCUGGCUGUAGUGGUUAUGAUGUUCAUGUCAGGAGUUCCCUGCUCCAGUUCCCAGUAAUGGGGCAAACCAUUGAGAUUCUGGUCUCCUCUGUAGAAGCCAGAAUACGAUGCAGUCACCAUUCAUUGGCUGAGAGAUUCAGCUGACCCCCUCUCAGCCGACGAAUGGCGCACUGUGUCAAAACAUUGCACAGAAUUCAAGUUAGAGUUACAGGCUGGCUGAUGACACAAUAUGACGAUGCUGCAGGUGGAGUUACACAGUUAAAGGACCACUAUAGUGCUAGGAAAACAAACUCGUUUUCCUGGCACUAUAGUGCCCUGAGGGUGCCCCCACCCUCAGGGUCCCACUCCCGUGACGCUGAGGGGUGAGGAAGGGGUUAAUCCCUUACCUUUUUUCCAGCGCCGGGCUCCCUCGGCACUGGGACUCUCCUCCCUCUUCUGACGUCCCUGGCUGAAUGCUCAUGCGCGGCAAGAGCCGCGCGCGCAUUCAGUCAGUCCAUAGGAAAGCAAUUCUCAAUGCUUUCCUAUGGACACUGGCGUCUUCUCACCGUGAAAAUCACAGUGAGAGGCGCGGAAGCGCCUCUAGCGGCUGUCAAUGAGACAGCCACUAGAGGCUGGAUUAACCCAUAGGUAAACAUUUACAGCAAAAAGGGUUAAACCUAGCUGGACCUGGCACCCAGACCACUUCAUUAAGCUGAAGUGGUCUGGGUGCCUAUAGUGGUCCUUUAAAAAAUAAUUUAUGAUGCAGUGGUUUUAUUACUUAGAGUGUUCAUUUAAAAUUAAAAUGUAAAAGGUAACAGUGUGUACAUUGACUCAGUAUUAUCUUUUGUGUAUUCUGUCAUGUUUAGGUUUUUUUUAAUUUCUUUUAAGGUAUAAGGCUCAAUAUACAAGCUACUAUGUGACUGCCUUCUUUUUCAAAACAUAAUAUAUAUAUUUACACUGGUAACUUUUGCCAAGGUAUAUUUUACUUUGCCUAUUUUAGUCUACAAAAUAAAAAUUAUGCAGAUUAGAGUAUCAUUUUCCUAUUUAUUUUCUAAUGCUUAUGGCUUUAGCUUAUAUCUGACAGUUAUCAUAUCUCAUAUACAGUAAUGUUAGCUAUGGAUGUUUAUUAAAGCAUCAUAACAAUAUGGUUUAUUGCAGUUGUUGUGGUGCUAGGAAGUUGUCCUUGCAAUCCUACCUUUUUCAAUCCACUACACACUGAACAAGCUUCAUUCCCUUCACAAUAUGGUCAUAUCAGGAUGUUUAGCUCUUACUAUGAUAAGUGCAACUAGAGCACCCCUGCUAGGAAACGGUGUUAUGAAUACACGAUAAGAGCACGGUUAUCGGUGAUGCUAAAUGUCCACUUAUGACAUCAGUGGGAAAGGGGUGGAGCCUAAGCAACAGUGAUGUCACCAAAAAUCAAGGGAAAGGCAAUUAUUUUCAGGGACAACUUAAUGGCACAAAAAUCAAUAUGAACCAGAACAAAAAGCUGUGCUUUGAGUAUCCCUUUAGAAAUUAUUUUUUUAGAAUUACUAUGGGUUUUAAUACAGCCUUGCACUAUACAUUUUCUAUAACCACCCACGCUAUAUUCCAAUAUUUCAAAUUUAGUUUCCUGAUCCUGCCAUUUAAUAUUAUGUUUAGAAAAUAACAACAUAUUGUACAAUCCUGUAUAAUGAACACUUACACAUACUGGUUACAUUGAGGCAAUUUAAAAAAAAAAAUCAUUAAAAAUGUUUUCUUUGUGUUUUUCCUCAGGGACUCCAUGGAAAAAGCAGUCAUGUAG